UUCAGUCUGCUUUCGACGCGCAUUCAACCCUCACCUAAUCGAAAAAAAUAUCUUAAGCUUAAACCAAUAUAAAGCCUUUUUAUAUAAAUCGGUUUGAAAUUGUUGUUAUAUCUUUCAAAUUCAAAUUUGAUUAAAAAUCUAAAUUUGUAUCAAAAAGUGAUUGAUUGUUCAAAUUUGGCAAAAAAUUAAAUUUAUACCAAUCAAACCUCCUCCAUCAGUGUUAUGAAAAGUGAUCGUGAAAAAAAUUAAAACAAAUUUUAUAAUUUACACUGUUAAAUAAUAUAAAAUUUUCGUUUUUGUUUUAUAAAACUAAUAAAUUACAAGCUACUCGAAGUUUAAUAUUUCGUGUUUGAGAAAAAAAAAAUUGUUUAAAAAUUUGAAAUCGAAUCUGAUCGCAAAGGAGAUAAGCUUCCGGGAAUUUUCUGACUCAAAUUAUACGAGAAGCAAGGAAAAUUUUCAACUUUUAUCAAAGAACAACCAAAGUCACAAUAAAUCGACAAGUGUGGUGUAAACAGUAGAAGUGUCCUGGGGGAGGACCCACACACAAUCACAUACAAAAUGAAGACAAGUCCCGCAUCUAAUCAUGUCUACUUCAAUGACGGCUUCAACUGUUCAUCCUACAGCAUUACAACAAAUGCAGACGAAAAUGGUGGGUCCCAAGGAUCAAAUGAAUUCAUAUUGACAGAAGAUGGCAAAAAAAUCAUACCACCCACAAAACCUUUGGCCUGUGCAAAAAGUUGGCUCAGAGACAGAACGAAAAAAUCGUUUACGAAAAAAAUUCUUCACAAACGUUUUCCAAUCCUGCGAUGGUUUCCUAAUUAUUCCAGUACUGAUGCAAUUGGUGAUCUAGUAGCUGGAAUAACUGUUGGCUUAACUGUGAUACCCCAAGCUUUGGCUUAUUCUGGAAUAGCUGGACUUCCAGCAGCAUACGGUUUGUAUGGCUCAUUCCUUGGCUGUUUUGUAUACAUUUUUUUGGGUAGUUGUAAAGAUGUUCCUAUCGGUCCAACAGCUAUUGCUGCUCUACUCACUUUUCAAACAGCCCAUGGAUCAUGGGAAAAAGCAGUGUUACUCUGUUUUCUAUGCGGAAUAGUUGAACUUCUUAUGGGUCUAUUCAAUUUAGGUUUUCUAAUUGAUUUUGUAUCUGGACCAGUUUCUUCGGGUUUCACAUCGGCUGUUUCGUUAAUUAUUGUAACAAGUCAGAUUAAAGAUAUUCUAGGAAUUCCUGCGAAAGGAUCUACUUUCAUUGAAAUUUGGACACACAUAUUUGAGAAUAUAAGAGAAACUCGCUACUUGGAUACGGUAUUGGGCUUAACGUGCAUUGUUAUCUUAUUGGCAAUGAGGCGUUUGGCAUCAUUAAAAAUCGGUGGCAAGGAUGAAACUUCUUGGACCAAAUUUGACAAACUGAUGAACAAGAUCUUUUGGAUUAUUGGAACUUCAAGAAAUGCAAUUUUGGUUAUUGUUUGUGGAGCAAUGGGAUAUUAUUUCAAUACUACAGAACAUGGUGUACCAUUUAGGGUAAUUGGAUACAUUCCACCAGGGUUACCAACAUUCCAGCUACCACCAUUUUCAAUCACUACGAAUACCACAGAUGGUAUUAAGACGGAAUCAUUUGGAGAAUUGAUCAGUGGAAUGGGAUCUGGUUUGAUUGUUGUUCCACUGAUUUCCCUAAUGGAGAAUAUUGCCAUCUGCAAAGCUUUUGCAAAUGGAAAACCCGUUGAUGCCACACAAGAACUCAUUGCAAUUGGUGCAGCUAAUAUCGUGAAUUCAUUCGUUCAAGGAUUUCCCGGAACUGGUGCUCUUAGCAGAGGAGCUGUAAAUCAUGCCAGUGGUGUACGAACUCCAAUGGGAAAUAUUUACUCCGGAGCGUUGGUUAUUUGUGCUCUGAUGUUCUUCACUCCAUACUUUGAAUUCAUUCCAAAGCCAACACUGGCUGCAAUCAUAAUUGCUGCAGUAGUAUUUAUGGUCGAAAUAAAAGUGAUCAAACCAAUGUGGAGAUCUAAAAAAAUCGAUUUACUACCUGGAUUGGCAACAUUCCUUGCAUGCCUGGCUCUACCCUUAGAAGUUGGAAUUCUCCUUGGAAUGGGUCUAAAUGUCAUCUUUAUUCUCUACAAUGCAGCUCGACCAAAACUAACAACCGAAAUUCUAACAACCCCCGGUGGAGUUGAAUAUCUCAUAAUCACCCCUGAUCGCUGUUUAAUCUUUCCCUCAGUGGAUUAUGUACGCAAUCUUGUUACUAAACAUUCAAUGCGUCAAAAUCUACCAGUUGUCAUUGAUGCAUCACAUGUCUAUGGAGCUGACUAUACAGCUGCCACAGUAAUUGAAUCACUCUUCCAUGAUUUUGCUGAUCGUGGUCAAUUGCUUUUCUUCUAUAAUCUUAAACCAAGUGUUUGUACUAUUUUUGAGAGUCUUACACCUGAUGAUUUUGCUGUUUAUUAUCAAGAAGAACAAUUAGAUGAAUUACUUAAAGAAAGAAAUUACUCACAACAAAAGAAACCAGAAGUGACAGUGUAACUUUAAGUUAUAAGUGAUAAGUUUUUUUUCUUCUGGAAUGGUUUUUGUUAACUACCAUGUAUUGAACUCGCUGUAGUUGUUGUUGUGAUUCUAAAUUUAAAAGUGUUUAAAAAAAUCACUUUUACAUUUAGACAAAAAAAAAAAGGGUAGGACCUCUAAAAGUGUCUUACAUAACUGCACACACUAAUUUUUAAGUACGAUAUUUAUUUAUUUAGUUUUUUAAUUAAAUAUAAAACAACUUUUUGUAUAAGAAUUUGUUUAAGUAUAGGUUAGCCUCUUAGAAUUAAAAAUGAUUUUAUAAACCAAUCAAAAACACUCAAUUGUUGAUUUACUGACAAAUUUUUGUUGGGUCAAAAUUCACUGACAGAUUAUUACCCAUUUUAAACUACACUUCCUUAAAAGAAUAAUAUUCGUUUAUAAAGAAGAAUAUUGACAACUUUCAGUGAAUUGGUACUCAUGCUCAUUAAAAAUUGUAUCUUUCUAAAUAAAAAAAAAAAAAAUUCGUUAAGUUGGUUUUAAAAAGUUCUUGGGACCGUUUAUGUAUUACAUAGAUAUUUUAGUCAUGUUUAAAUCGUACGAUAAUGUACUUAGAGUGAACUAAAUAGCUAUUGCAAUAUUAUGCAGACACAUUUAUAAUUAUUGUAAUUUGAAAUAUAAAAACUUUUAGUUAUUAAGUUUAAUUUUAAAAAUAAUAAAUACGAGAUGUUGA